AUGCAAUUAAAUUGGAAAUUAAUUUAGUUCUAUUCAACAAACACUAUCAAUGUUGUUAUUGGAUUGCUUUUAUAUUUAUAUGAUGUUAGUUAAAUAUUUUCACUUGUACUACUUAUAUUGAACGGAAUGAUAUUAUUAAUCAGUAUAUUGAUCAUUCAUAAACAAAAAAAAAUAAUUCCAAAAAUAUAUUUUCAAUUGUUUAUGAAUCUUACUCUUAGUGUUCAUAUAUCAUAUUGCUGUUUUUUAGAUAAGGAUUUAGCUAGAAUAACAUAUAUUUUAUUGAAAGCAUUAGAAAUAUAAAUGGUCAAAAAAUAAUCAAUAAUAAAAUCCAUAAUAUUGCAUCUUGCUUACAACAUUUUAUUAUUUAUAUUGUUCAUAAUUCAUUAAGAAAAUACAAUCUCAUAUAUUGUCACUGUGUAUUGCACUAUCUUAUUGGUUAAGUUAAAAUACUCUUCAAUAAUUUAAGAAAAUUAAGAAUUCGAAUUACCUGUAUAAAUUACAAAACCCACAUAAAGAAAUUCAGAAAUUAUCAAUUUAAUAUAAGAUUCAAUUAGUAAUUCUUGGUUGAUUCGAUUAUAAAAUAUACCAGUAGGUAUUAUGAUAGUAAAUAAGAAUAAUCUUUAAAUUAUGUUUUAAAAUCAAUCUCUACUUUAAAUGUUUGAUGGUAUAAAAGACAUACCUAAAUUUUUAAUGUAUGAAUUAUAAUUCAAACUUUAAAUAAAAAGAAAAAGAAAAUAAGUUAAAGAAACAAGUAUUAAAUUACCUAAACAAUCUCCUCAAUAAUAAAAUAGUAUUCCAUAAUUUUUUAGUUGCAAUAAAAUGCCUAGUUUUUAAAAACUUCCAAAUACUUUAAAUGAAAUAUUAUUGGAAUUAUAAAAUGGAAAUUUAGAUUAAUUUUAUUCAAAAGAGAACAAUUUAGAACUUUUAGCUUAAUUAUCAAAAUCUAAGUAUCCCUCUUUUCAUGAAGAAGAAUAUACAAGAAACAUUUAAUGUAAGAUAUUUUGUGGUUAGAAUGAUCAUGAAUAUUUGAUAAUUAUGGAUGAUAUAUCAUUGCAAAGUUAUUUAUAAAAAUUAGAAACAAGAGAAAAAUUCUAAGUCAGAAUUAUUGAUUCCUUCUCUCAUGAAUUAAGAACUCCUUUAAAUAGUGCUAAAUUAUUUCUAGAUGGUCUUAUUAAUGAUCCAAGUAUCAAUGAAAAUCAUAAAUAUAAUUUUAUAUAUCCUGCUUCAAAUGCUUUGAAAUUAUAAGCAUAUUUAAUUAGGGAUAUUAUAGAUUUUAUUUAGUUUCAUUCAUAAAUUAUUAAAUAUAAAUUUGAAGAAUUUAAUUUUGAAGAUAUUGUCUAAGAAGUAAAUGAUAUAUUUAGACCUAUAUUGUAAAUGAAAUAUAUUGGAUUACAUAUUAUUGUUAAAAAUUCUGUCCCACCUAUUAUAUAUUCAGAUGUAGAUAGAAUAAUGUAGAUCUUAGUUAAUUUAAUUUCGAAUUCAAUUAAAUUUUCUGAGAGAGGAUUGAUUACCAUAGAAAUCUCAUGCUAUGAGACAACUUUAACUUUUUGUGUAAAAGAUUAAGGUGUUGGUAUAGAAAAUGAUUAAUUACAGAAAAUUUAAGAAUUCUUAAAAUCCUUUAAUCAAAACAGAGAUUUUUCAUGUCAUGAUGAAUGGUAAGGUUUGGGAUUACUUGUAAGUUAAAUGAAUUUAUUCAAGUUAGCCCCAUAAAACAAAACCUAAUUGAAAAUCAGUUCUAAUGGAUUAGGUGAAGGUACUUAAGUUACCUUUAAAAUUAGGACAACUCAAUCAUCAAAUACAUAAAUAUUAGGAACUACUAUCAAAAGAUAGAGUUUAAGAACUGCAUAUACAGUACCAGAUCUUUGUAUGGGAAUUUAGGGAAUUUUAAUUAUUAAUAAUCCUAAAUCGGAUGAUUUGAUGCUUGAUAAGAAACUUUAAUAAAUUCCCAUUAGACAUCAUUCAUCUAUUGCUAAUUAUUUUCGACCUUAAUAAUCUACAGGAUUGUUAAAUUAGUAUGUAUAACAAGAAACAGACCUACUUUAAGAUGAGGAAUCAUAAAGAGGAAACCUUUAAGGGAAUAUAAUAAAAUUGAAUAACUCAACCAAAUAAUUUUAUAACUUUAUAUUUAAUAAAGAAUUAAGGGAAAAGUCAAUUAAAAGAAGAAAAAAAUCUUCAUUUAGUAUUUCAGAAAUUGAUAUAUAAUCAAAAAAAAGACCAAAUACAUUAAUCUCAAGACUUAUUUAAAGAGAAGAACAAGAAAUAUAAAUGGAAGAAAAGUUUGAGAAUUUAUAAUUCCCUUGUUAAUGUGCAAGAAUAUUAUCUGUAGAUGAUGAUCUAUUUAAUCAAAAAGCAUUAUAAGUUAUUAUUGGAUAAAUGGGAUUUAGAUUAUUAAUAGUAAUAUUCAUCUAAUUUUUUAGGCAUAUAAUGGUUAUUAAGCUGUGGAAUUGAUUUAAAAUACUGAAAAAUGUUCUGAAUCAUGUAAAUUGUUUCACUUUAUUUUAAUGGAUUGUUAGAUGCCCAUUAUGGAUGGGUGGACUACUACAAAAGUACUUAUGGAUCUCAUAAGAGAUAAGAAGGUUCCAGAUAUACCAAUAAUAGGAUUGACUGCAUUUAAUUCAGCAGAAGAUAUCAGUAGAUGCUUUGAAGUUGGUAUGAGAGAUGUAUUGACGAAACCCUUAAAUAUUAACUAACUAAAGCAUGUAUUAAUAAAAUUAUUUAAAUGA